AUGACCAGCCAGUCACAGGGCAUCCAGCAGCUGCUGCAGGCAGAGAAGAGAGCAGCCGAGAGGGUGGCAGAGGCCAGGAAACGUAAAGCUCGACGGCUGAAGCAGGCAAAGGAGGAGGCACAGGGCGAGAUCGAACAAUAUCGACUGGAGAGAGAGAGGGAGUUCCAGGCUCAGCAACGCAUGGCCUUGGGCACACAGGGUGACCUUUCCUCCGAAGUGGAGGCACGGACCCGCAAGACAUUGCAGAUGGUUCAGACCAGUCAUGGAAAGAAUAAGGAAGUCGUACUGAGAAGACUGCUGAGCUUGGUGUGUGACGUGAAGGCCGAACUUCACCCCAACUAUCGUUUCACCAACUAUUGA